GCUGGCUGUAAUCUAGACGGGACAGCGAGCGAAGGCCACAGGACAUUAUGGCGACCAGCGAAGAGGUCGCCCAACUGAGGCAAACAGUCGAGGCGCUUCAGAAGGAGGUGACCCGCCUGAAUGAUCAAGAAGAGAUCCGGAAGCUUCAGUACACUUACGGGUACUAUCUGGACAAAUGUUUAUAUGAAGAGGUCGUAGAGCUCUUCUCGGAUUCACCAGACACGUACGCCCAGUUCCUCGGCGGCCGGUUCAACGGCAAGGCCGGGGUGAGGCGGCUGUAUGUCGGCCGGUUCGCUCGCCUUUUCGUGGGCGGCCGCAACGGCCCCGUCCACGGCUUUCUUCUGGACCACCCGCAGCUACAGGCCAUCGUCUCUGUCGACUAUACUCAGCAGCCCCCCAGGGCCAAGUGCCGCGCCCGCAGCAUGAUGCAGGCCGGCGUGCACGUGUCGCAGGCGGGCAUCCACCCGCGCGGCGUGACGCAGUGGUGGGAGGGCGGCGUCUACGAGAACGAGUACAUCCGCGACGGGCCGGGCGGGACGUGGAGGAUCCUGCGUCUCAGGUAUAACCCGUUCUGGCACGGGGAUGUCGAGCACGGCUGGGCGUACAAGGUGGCCGGGUUCGUGCCGUUCCUGUCGACCAAGUACCCCGAGGACCCGUCCGGACCGGACGAGGUGACCCCCGAGGAGCAGCGCAUGUUGUGGCCAGACACGCGGGUCGUCCCGUUCCACUACCGUCAUCCCAUCACGGGGGAGGCUGUCAAGGAGGAGGACUUGCGAGCGCCUGUAUAUGGAACCGACGUGAAGCUGGCAAAACCAGCGCUGAACCUAGAGUAG